GCGCGUUGUGGUCAUCAAACAUGGCUGCGGUAGAUUUCGGAGACACUGAACUGUUCGAGCAGUUUGAAGAGAAAGUGCCAGUCGCCAAACACAUUCGUAUGACACAAGAUGAUGAUGAAGAGGGUUCAGAUCAACUUCGGGAGGUCCGACAGUCAUUAGAAGAGUGCGAAGAAAGAAUACAACGUCUGAACGCAGAAAAUGAGGAACUGAAGAGAAAGUUAAAUAUAUUAAGUCAUCCUUCGAGUAUAAAAAUCGAAAAUUCCAAAACCGAUGGGCCACUGUGCCACGUUCUUUUUGGAAACAAUAGCAUUUCUAACCAAUAUCGACAAGAGAUUGAAGACUUCAUCUUCCAUCUUGUCCAGAAACACCUACAUGAGCGCAACAAUGAUCCAGACGGCUCUGCUCUUCAUGUCAACCCACAUUAUUCAAGUUUUGUCAUAGAGGAGAGCUACAAAAUCAAGACUUCCUCUACCUCCAAACAUAUCAAAGAUGCUUUCAGUAUGAUAGGGAGUGUUUUGUACUUCACCAACUUCUGUGUUGACAAACUUGGCCAACCGCUGUUGAAUGAAAACCCCCAACUGACUGAGGGAUGGGAAGUUCCCAAAUACCAGCAGGUCUUCGGCCAGGUCAUUGCCUUUGAAGACCAAGAGAUGCAGAUAAAGGAGAAAAGACCGAGACCAUGCUGUUUUAACUGUGGUUCUGUGGACCAUCAGCUGCGAGACUGUCCAGAGCCUAAAGAUAUGGCUCGCAUCAAUGAGAAGAGGAGGGAGUUUUCACAGAACAACAAUCAGAGCAACCAGCGCUACCAUGCAGAAGAGGUCGAGGUGCGAUUUGCAAAGUACAAGCCAGGAAAAGUGAGUCAAGAGCUCCUUGAUGCCCUUGGGGUCACAGCAAACACCCUUCCACUGUUCAUCUAUCGCAUGAGAGAGCUGGGUUACCCACCUGGCUGGUUAAAAGAAGCAGAGAUGGAAAACUCUGGUUUAAUGCUCUAUGAUGGAAAGAGAACAAAUGAUGGUGAGCCUUCUGAAGAUGAAGAAAACCUCAGCCAAAAGAUAUCUUAUGAUGUCUCCCAGCUGGUGGAUUUUCCUGGAUUCAAUGUCAAUGCACCACCCAAUAUAAGGGAUGACUUCAGGUCUUUUCAAUCCAUUCCCAUGCAGCCCCAGCACUGGAAACAAAAUUUUGCUGCUUUUUUGAGCAAUACUUUUCCAGAGCCUGGCUCUAACUGCAAUAAGAGACAUCAUGAGUCUGAAUCGACACCCGUGCAGACAAAGAAACCGAGAUCCAAUUCAGACCCACACCACUGUUCUAAUAUGGAGAGAGAGUCGGAUCAUGACACGCCUCAAAUUAGACCUGUUGGAUUCCAGUUCCAACCACCACUCCCUCCUGGUUCUUCACCCGUACACAUACCUCCACCCCUACCACUGGGAAUGCCUCCAACCACACCUACCCCACCUUCACUCCCUAAAGGCACUCCACCUGUAACUCUGCCCACAAAUUAUUCUCCAUCCAGUCGAGUGAGAGGUAUGGCAGGGGGGAAGGAAUCAGAAGAUGGGCUAUCCUUGGAAGAACUUGAGGAGCAGCAAAGGCUUCUUUGGUUAGCCCUCGAGAAGGCAGAUACUUCAACCAACAGUGAUUCUGAGGCUGGAGCUUCCGGGACCCCUGUCCCAAGUUCCCCCAGUAUUUGCACUCCUGUCAGGCCUGAUGCAGAAGAGGAAGAACAACAGGUUAAGUUGGAGAACCUGAGUCAUACAUUUGAAAUCAUGAGCACACCUGCUUCACCCAUUGAAGAGGCAGUCGCCAAUGUUUGUGAGGAUGAGACGAAGAGAAUUGAUAAAACAACUACUGUUGGAGAGGUCAAAUCGAUCGAUAUGCAAACAGAGAUGAGUGACAUUAUUGUCCUGGAUGAAAUUUAUGAUGAAAACGACGAUCAAGAUGGAUCGAAUGGCACUGAAGUCACUCCCCAAAUAAGCACGCAAGAGUCAAACGCAGUGGUUGAGGACACAGAGGAACUUGAGAUAAAUAAAGUAACUUUCGUCCCGCACCGUAGCAAAUUUGCUGCAGGAAUAAUUCCUUUUGAGGACACACCUGAGUUUACAGAUGUCGCUGAAGCAACAGGGGUUUACCUCAGAAUUCGAGAUCUGCUCAAAUGCUCCCCAAGAAAUCAGGCCAAAAACAAAAAAUAAUUGAAGACAUCUGUUUUACUGCCAUCUUGUGGGCCACAAAUGCUUUUUUUCUUUCCGUUACCCAGUCAAUUUAUAUGUUGUAUAACUUUGGUGAUCUGUAUCUAUCUUUUUAUUUUUUUUAUUUUUUUACAUGUUAUCAGUGGUGUAAUUUGCAUCAUUUUUAAAAUGACAGAAAGGUCUAAAACAAAGAUUGGCACAUUCAGUCUAUAUGUAGACAUUAAUUGGCUUUUUUACUUCAGAUUUACUAUGCUGUAGAUUAUUUUUUUAUUCUUCCUGAGUUAUUAGUGUCCUUUUUGCAACAUCUCAUAGCAUGCUCUGUUUUAUGCCUACCACAAUUCAUUUGUGUAAUUUAUUCUGAAUAUUUUGAUCUUAAAUAAUUUCUUAAAUAUUCUGAUAGUUUAUAUUGGUGCCCACUUCCCUGAAUUAAACUUUUUAACUAGAA